GUUGUUGUUGUUGCGGCGCGCACUCGUCACUCUUCAGCUGGAGCAGAGGCCAGGGCAGGGGGCCCCGAUACGAGGGCCCCCAGCCCUGGAGCGUUACCGACUCGGAUGUCUGUGCAGGCCCACACACGACGAGGUGAAUAGAAUUUACUAUAACAUGCAAAAACAUACCAAAAAGGGUUAAAAUGUCGUGGAAGAAAUGGUGAGAGAAAGGAGGAAAAAUAACAAUGUUAAAAACAAAAGGAUUGAAAGAUAUUGCGCUCUAGCUCCGGGAGUCCAGUCUAGUAAGUAAGUCAGCUUUGCCAUCUAGCGGAUAUGAAAGACAUAUCCAUAUUUUUUUUCAUUUUAGCCUCGCAUUUACUUUUGUCAGACGUCAGUUUUCAAUGCCAAACCAUGCGCAUUAAAAAAAAAAAAACACAUGCAAUGCACUUUGCAUAUCGCAAACAACACUGACCCACUUCAUUCUGACGAAUUCGGAAUUUAGAGUGCCUUAUCUGCAGAGAUAAAUACACGGGCCUAUCAGUGACAGAGCCGGGUCACAGCGCGCAUGCGCGUCGUCGCGGAAGAGGAAGAGAAGGCAAAACCUGACGGAUUAUGUGGACAUCCAGCCAGCUAAGGCCGGCCUGUUUAGACUAAUGGACCUGAAUACGUGUCUAUAGAAUGCCAGGCUGAGUGACCGCGGUGAAGCCACAUGUGAAUACAGAGCAUCAUAGAGAACAAGCGUGAGGAUGAUGUCAGAGUGCGACCCGUGCGAGACGGGGACAGCGGAACCGGGGAUCGACGGACAGGCAACAGCGGUGGUGUCUCCGGCAGACGCGGGGGACCCCAACUUCCACUCUCCCGAAGCCCCCGUGCUGCUGUCGUUCGAGCACCAGAACCGGGCGAGGCUCGGAGGACAUCAUGCGUCCAACCCCGGGGUGGCCGUGCGCAUCUCGGACUCGUGCGAGAGUGUCCUGACCGAGCUGGAGACGGACGGCUCCGGUGAGGAGGCGCUGCUGCUACCAUGCCUGGCUCGGAGCUCCGCCGCGUCGUCGCCGCGGCGUGCCGGACGGGAGAAGCGCGGCGGCGGCAGGCAGCACAGACACAGCUCGUCUUCCGACAAGGAGAACCUCUCCUCGCCAGGUAUCAACGGCGGGGACUUCAACCAUUUCCCAGACGACCUGGAGUUCGCGGACAUCGUCCAGCGGGCGGAACAGGCCAUCGAGAACGGAGCGUUCCCGGAGCGCAUCUCCCAGGGGUCCAGUGGGAGCUACUUUGUCAAGGACCCAAAAGGGAAAAUCAUCGGCGUUUUCAAACCAAAGUCAGAGGAGCCGUACGGUCACCUGAACCCCAAAUGGACCAAAUACUUCCACAAGCUGUGCUGUCCGUGCUGCUUCGGACGAGGCUGCCUCCUGCCCAACCAGGGCUACCUUUCGGAGGCCGCCGCCUCGCUGGUCGACACCAAGCUGGGCCUCGGAGUGGUCCCAAAGACCAAGGUGGUGUAUCUGGCCAGCGAGACGUUUCACUACAGCGCGUUCGACCGGGCCAAGUCCCGGGGGAAGAAGUACGCUCUGGAGAAGGUCCCCAAGGUGGGGAAACGCUUCCACCGCGUUGGGCUGCCCCCCAAGGUGGGGUCCUUCCAGCUGUUUGUGGAGGGCUACCAUGAAGCAGACUACUGGCUGAGGCGCUUUGAGUCGGACCCCCUGCCGGAGAACAUCAGGAAGCAGCUGCAGUCCCAGUUUGAGAGGCUGGUGGUUCUGGACUACGUUAUCAGGAACACAGACCGAGGGAACGAUAACUGGUUGAUAAAGUAUGAGAAGCCCGGAGAAGGACAAAAGGAAACCGAGUGGUCCGAGACCAGCUCAGAUUCCUGCGUCAAGAUCGCGGCCAUAGACAACGGCCUUGCCUUUCCCUUUAAACACCCUGAUGAAUGGAGGGCCUACCCCUUCCACUGGGCCUGGCUGCCCGCCGCCAAGGUGGCCUUCUCCCAGGAGACCAGGGACCUGGUGCUGCCCCGCCUCUCAGACAUGAACUUUGUACAGGAUCUCUGUGAGGACCUCUAUGAGAUGUUCAAGACGGACAAAGGCUUCGACAAGACCAUGUUUGAAAGACAGAUGUCGGUCAUGAGGGGGCAGGUGCUGAACCUGAGCCAGGCGCUGAAGGACGGCCGCAGCCCCAUCCAGCUGGUCCAGAUGCCUCGCGUGGUGGUGGAGCGCAGCCGCUCCGGGGGCCACGGCCGCGUGGUCACCCUCGGCAACGCCUUCACGCAGACCUUCCACUGCAAGAGGCCCUUCUUCACCUCCUGGUAGACAGUGUGAGGAAGAGGAGGAGGAGGAGAGGCCCUUCUUCACCUCCUGGUAGACAGUGUGAGGAAGAGGAGGAGGAGGAGAGGCCCUUCUUCACCUCCUGGUAGACAGUGUGA